AUGCUGCUGCUGCUUCUGCUCUCUGGACUCUGCUCAGUUUCCGUGGGCGGAGCUUCAGAGUUGCGCUUCCUGAAAGAGCCCAGUGAUGUCAUCGCGGUGAGAGACCGGCCGCUCUUAUUGGACUGUGAGGCCGAGGGGGAGGGGCCAAUCGGCGUCACCUGGCGACGUAACGGCGUCGCCGUGGAGACGGACGACAGGGUUAGUGUCCUCGCUAACGGCACGCUGCUCAUCAGGAAGUUCUCCAAACGUCGCCAUGACAACGAAACAGACGCCGGCGAGUACGAGUGCGCCGCCACCAACCGCCACGGGCUGGCGCUGGUGAGCCGCCGCGCCAGAGUACGACUGGCCUCUUUGCCGAAGUUUUCGUCGCAGCCUCAGUCCCUGGUGGCGCCUGAAGGGGGCGUGGCACGUCUCAGCUGUCAGGUGAACGGAGUCCCCGAGGCCAACAUCACCUGGCAACGCAACCGACAGGUGCUGCCGACAGGGGACCCCAGGUACACGCUCCUGCCUGUGGGGAUCCUGCAGAUCUCGUCCGUCAGGAGUUCGGACUCUGGACUCUUUCGUUGCGUCGCCUCAAACAUCGCGAAUACUCGAUACAGCGACGAGGCGCAGCUGUCCGUCACAGUCUCUGGGCGGCGCUCUUUCCAGGACCCCGUGAUCCUGUCCGGACCUCAGAACCUGACCAUCACAGUCCACCAGACGGCCAUUUUAGAGUGUGUCGCUACCGGCAACCCCCGACCCAUCGUGUCCUGGUCCAGACUCGACGGCAGGUCCAUCGGGGUGGAGGGAGUCCAAGUUCUUGGUUCUGGGAACCUGAUGAUCUCAGACGCUGGUGUGGAGCACAGCGGAGUCUACGUCUGCUCCGCCAACCGCCCGGGCUCCAGGACCAGGAGGACCGCACUGGGACGACUGCAGGUCCAAGCUCCUCCAGAGUUCACUCAGUGGCCUCAGUCCCUGACGCGGCCUCCAGGGGGCAGCGCGGUCUUCACCUGCACGGCGGCAGGUGAACCUGAGCCCACCCUCACCUGGCUCAAAAACGGGCGGGUGCUAAAGGCUAACGCUAAUGUGCGCAUUAGCAACAACAACUCGACUCUGGCGAUCACUCGGAUCACAGCAGAAGAUGAGGCCAUUUACCAGUGCAUCGCCGAGAACAGCGCCGGGACGAAUCAGGCGAGUGCGCGGCUCGCUCUGACUCAGGGCUCCGAUCUCCCAUCAUGCCCCACUGGAGUACAGGCCACGCCCCUCAGCUCCACUUCCAUCGAACUGAGCUGGGACCCGCCCCCACCACCAGGGGCCGCCCCGGGGCCCCGCGACAUCAUCGGCUACGUGAUCCACGUCCGCAAGCUGGGAGAGCCGGAGAGCGAGGAGCUGCAGGAGGCCGUGUCCAGGUCAAAGUUCAAACAUCAGCUCCAAAACCUGGAGUCCGCCACGACCUACGACCUCCGAGUGCAGAGCUACAGCGGCCUGGGGGCGUGCGCCGGCGCCACCGCCAGGACGGAGGCAACAACGCUCGGAGGAGUUCCUGCGUCUCCCUCGUUCUUCACUAAAGUCUUGAACCAGACGUCGAUGCAGGUGCACUGGGACCUGCCCAAACCCGGACAGGUGCAGGGCUUCAGGGUCCUGAUCCGGCAGGUGCAGAACGGACAGGUGCAGAGCCGACAGGAGACGCUCCCGCCGCACAUCAACACACACACCUUCUGCCACCUGGACUCUGGACGUUUGUAUGAAGUGGAUCUUGUGGCUUUUAAUGGAAACGGAGAAAGUUCCUCAAACAAACGAAUGAUUUCACUGAGCGACACACAAGGCUGUGACUGUUCCCGUGGCGACCGCUCCUCUCUCCUGAUUGGUUUACACAGCGGCGUGGCCUGUGUCCUCUGCUGCCUCCUGCUGGUGCUCCUGCUGCAGCGCCACAGGUCUCGCGCUCACAAACAUGACGCGGGGAUCAGAUCCAAAGUGGAGAACUUGGAGCUGAGUCAGCGAGGAGCUUCGGCGCCACUCGUCGUGUCCGUCCAAGGUCCGGCCCCGCCCCCUGCCUUCCCUAACGCCAACCACGCCCCCGACCACGGCCACGCCCCCGACCACGGCCCCGACCACGGCCACAGCCCUGGCCACGCCCACCACCAAUCCAACCAAUAA